CUUCUAAAACUUUAUGCAACAAUUAUGUCAAAGAAAACUGGAACUAUGUGACCACUGCGCUUUUCUGUCAAGCAGUGGAGAGCAUUAUCAUUUAUAGAAAGUAAAUAAAAGGAAGCGUAAUUCUUAUUUUGAAGAGAAUUUGACAAUCCAAAAAUGAGUUUUUACGUAUUUUUGUACAUCCUCGUAGCACUUCUAAACGUCUGCUGCAUCAGUGAAGUGAUAUCUAUUGGCCAAAAUACAGACAGCUCCUCGCCGGUGUCAGACCAGGAAACAGACAGCGACACGGCAAUUACAAAAAGGCGCUAUGGAGACGAAGAUUUUCAAAAACGUCUGCGAUACUUCAUCGGCAAACGAGCUGAUGCCCAAGACAACGGGGAAGAAAAACGCAUGCGAUAUUUUCUGGGAAAACGUUUUAUUUUAGACAGUGAUGUGAACAAACGAUUACGUUAUUUUCUUGGGAAAAGAGACUCUUCAGGCGAAGAUAAGAGAAUGAGAUACUUCCUUAGAAAGCGUCAAGAUGGUGCAGCGGACGAUGAACUGGAGAAAAGAAUGAGAUAUUUUCUUGGAAAGCGCGGAUCAGGAAUUGAAGUUGACCCUGCAUUACAAAAAAGAAUGCGUUAUUUUCUCGGGAAACGAACAAGAUACUUUCUAGGAAAACGGCCAGACGAUGAGACCCAACAGAACUCGGACUCUGAUGACGAACUUUCAAAACGAAUGAGAUAUUUUCUGGGAAAAAGAGAUGGAACAAGAUAUUUUCUUGGGAAACGGUUAAGAUAUUUUUUGGGAUAACUGUUCUCUGUAAGUCUUCUAUGGUUCCAAAACGUACUUUUGUUGUUUCCACGGUAUCUGCUCAAAUUGACAAAACAAUUCGAAAUGUUGACUUUGUUUUGUUUCAAUAUUUAUAUUGUUUCCGUGAAAGAAUUAUGUAUCAGUAAGAUUUUGCACGGGAAUCUGAAUUGUUAUUUCACUAUACAUUCAAACCAGAUUUUUUUGUAUCAGGUAUAUAUAUUUUUGUUAAUAUUCUUUUUGCUUCAUCUUCAAAAAAUAAAAGAAAGUCCUAAAGAUUGA